GCGCUAGUUCUUGUCACGUGGCUGCUACCCAGCGUAGGCUGCAUGAGGGGGGGACGGGCUCCUGCAGUCCUGCUCGGCGGAGGGGCUGCCCUGCUCCUGUCGCUCCUUUGGAUGCCUACCCUGCUGCCCGUGGCCUCUCGCCUUCUGUUGCUACCCCGAGCCCUGCUGUCCAUGGCCUCUGAAAUCCCCCCGUCCGCUGCCCCGCCGGCCUCAGGCUCUGGCUAUGUUCCAGGAUCGGUCUCUGCGGCGUUUGUCACCUGCCCCAACGAGAAAGUCGCCAAGGAAAUCGCCAGGGCUGUGGUGGAGAAGCGCCUGGCAGCCUGCGUGAACCUCAUCCCUCAGAUCACAUCCAUCUAUGAGUGGAAAGGAAAGAUCGAGGAGGACAGUGAGGUGCUGAUGAUGAUUAAAACUCAAAGUUCCUUGGUCCCGGCUUUGACAGACUUUGUCCGUUCUGUGCACCCUUACGAAGUGGCAGAGGUGAUUGCGCUGCCUGUGGAGCAGGGGAACUCCCCGUACCUGCAGUGGGUGCGGCAGGUCACAGAGCGGGGCCCCGACUCGAGCACAGCCCUACCGUGACGUGCCUGCCCGGUCGCCGCAGGUCACAGAGCCUGCAAUAAAUCCUGUCUGGUUCUCUC